GAUACACCAGCAGCAGAUCUCAAAAACGGCUGCGAUGAAACGAUUAAAGGCCGUGUGGUCGGGCACUGUCGCAUCAAGCAACCAAGCGGAAAAUGUGUGCAGAGUGAAAGAGGAUAUAGGUUUUUUUUUGUUCGUUGUUUUUUUUCUUCAAAAUUCUCCACCACAAGCGUCCUACUUUUCGUCCUACCUAAUAAUAGAGGCAGCUGCGAUGACCACAGCGUAGGCAAUGUACUUCUCUGUCUAAAGCAAGAAUGAAGCCUCAUGAGACAUUUCUGCGCUUUCCAAUUUAUGCAACAGCACUGGUGUUUUUUGGUGUUCAGAAAGCUGCACAGUCAAGUCCUGCUGUUCGUCUGACUGCUAAUCCUCCAUGGCCAGAUGUGUUCCCAGGAGAGACAAUUACUCUCACCUGUCAGGUUAUUGAAUCUGAGGGAUGGACAUUAUUGUGGAUCAGACACAGACAGGGGAGUGUAACACAACUUAAAGCCUCCAGUAGUAACGGCUCUGUGUCUGUGUUGGUCCUAAGUGCUGUGGAACAGAGACAGAGCGGAAAGUAUCAGUGUGAAGCUGUAAAAGGAAAUGAGCGAGCUUUCAGUAACAUCCAUACCAUAAUAGUCUCUGGUGAUCAUCCUCAGACUGUCAUAGUCACAGAUCCCCCAGCCUCAGUGAUGUUCACAGGAGAAGCUGUUAGCUUAGCUUGUGACAUCAGGAAAGCGUCUGGCUGGAGAUAUUCAUGGAGCAGAAACACCCAGGGAAGAUUAGAGAGCCUGUAUGCCCGCAGUACUGAAAGCCAACAAAAGCACAUCCUGCAAUCUGUAAGAGAGUCAGACAGUGGAGAGUACUUGUGUCAGGGUGAACGAGGACAAAACCCUGUGAUCCACUCUUUCCCAGGAACACUUGUGUUAAAUGUGUCUGGUGAGUUUGGGAGGGUUUCUUCAGUCCUUACCCAUAUGAUCUGGAAUGUGAUGAAGACUGUCAAUGUUUAUGAAUGCUAA